AUGGUCUUAAUCGGACUCGUCCAAAAUCGGAAAACCCUAUUCCAGUGUGACCAGCAUUUUGAUAGCACUCAGCCUGAGGGUAAUAUAACAUUUCCGAGUUUUCCGAAAAGUUUGGCCAUCAGCCAAAUAUUGAAUAUCACCCAUCCCGAGCUCAACUACAAUCUACAAUGUGUAUACACGUUUGUUGCGGGACCGGGGCAACGUGUAAUGCUCGAAUUCGAACAUUUCCAAUUGUCUGGUAGCUCUGAAAACUGUGAUAUAGAAUAUAUAGAUAUUUAUUCUGAAAUUGAAUCCGUCGAUGAAGAUAUUUUAUCAUCGGCAUUAGGUGGCAGGUAUUGUGGUACAGUGGCGCCAAAAGUUAGAAUUAGUUUGCACCGAAUUAUGAAAUUAAUAUUACAUUCACGCUCAACGACGCGUGAUGAGAAUUACGGUUUUCGCGCCAAAUAUUCAUUUAUCGAUGAAGCAAAAUAUAUAGCGGGUGAUCUUCAAAAUGGUAGAAAAUGUAGCUAUAUUAUUGAAUCCUCUGAUAGGCCAUCGGGCACGAUCUACUCGCCGACAUACCCGGGCACCUAUCCUCAUAAUAUGCAUUGCUCGUAUUUGCUUCAAGGUUAUCGUGGCGAGAGAAUACGACUAUUCUUUUCCGAUUUUGACGUCUUCUUUGGCGGCGAGCAUUGUCCAUAUGACAGUGUCACGAUAUACGACGGACCGACUCCAACAUCGCCGAUUAUUCGAAAAGUGUGCGGUCUUCAGCAGCGGAUGGAGGUCUACUCGAUGACGAACGCGGUCCUCAUUCAUUUUAACACGACGAAUCCGGCGAAAGCCGAUCCGAGAGGUUUUGUGAUGGAUUACGAGUUCUCGGCGCGAUUUGUUGAUGUCGCGAAACUUCUUGGCGGGCAGAGUGGCGUCACUCAUGUUAGAGGGACUGAAUGCGAUGUGCGAGUUGAAAGCAAUCGAGAAACCACGCACACCAUCUCAAGUCCAAAUUACCCCAAUGCCUAUCCGCCGAACACCACGUGCACAUACAUUAUUCAUGGAUUACAAGGCGAUCAGAAUUUGGAGAAGGUCAUGCUCACUUUUGAAUCGAUCGCGGUUCUCUCUUAUGAUACCGCACCGACUCUGAGCCCUUCCGCCGACGAUAUCGCUUGCCCAAGCGCUUGGGUCGGAAUCGCAAUCGCCGACGGCAACAUGAAAGCGGUGAUGUCGUCGACCGAUGAUUCGACGUUUGAUGUGACGCUUUGCGAGAGGAUCCCGUCCGAUUCGCCACUUCUCGGCCCGUAUAUUAGUGGCGGUCCGCGAAUGGUGGUGCAAUUCGGCACCACCGACACCAGAGACGAUAACGUGAAACCGCUGGGAUUCAAAGCCAAAAUCGAGUUCAAAACGGAUUUUGGUGUGACCGGCGAAUCGCUGGGAACGUCAAACGAGUGUAAAUUUCUGUUCUCAUCGUCCACCGGAUUCUUCAAUAGUCCCCGAUAUCCGGCGAAUUAUCCGCUUGACACCAAUUGCACGUAUUACAUUGUUGGCCAGCCCGGUCAGGAAAUUGUGCUCCAUUUCGAGCAAUUCGCUCUUCACGAGGACGGAAACUGCAACGACUGGCUUGACAUUUACGAUGUUUUUUAUGAGAAUGGCAAAGAGCGAUUGCAGCUUAAACAACGAUAUUGCUCGAAUAUUUUUCCGGGACCAUCGGUGUCGGCGUUCGGAUCGCACGAAAUGCGCGUCGUGUUCUCAUCGGGAUCCGAAGGAUCGGAGAACGGCUUCAAAGCGCUGUUCGAAAUUCGAACAUCGCGAAAAGAAGAUGUGCCGAGCAACAAGAAGAAGAACACGGAUCGUUGCGGAGCUGUCAUCGAGGCGACCGAUGAGAAGCCUAGCGGUCAUAUACAUUCGCCAAACUAUCCGGUCAAAUACAACAAGGGCAUUCAUUGCGAUUGGCAAAUCAACGUGCGUCCCGGCCGUCAAGUGCUUCUCAAAAUGGAAGUGAUUGACGUUGAAGGCGAGAUGACGUCGACGAGCGCCUCAUGCCAGAAGGCGGUUAUUCGUGUCGAAGGCGCUUCGCGGACUGAAUACUGUGGACAACACAUUGAAAUGUUCGAGCCGAUGCUGUCGGCGAACAACUCGGUGCGGCUCAGUUUUCUCACGGCACCGGACAAAGUCAACGGAUUGAAGGGAUUCAACAUCGCGUGGACCGAAGUCAAGAAUAUCAGCGACGGACAAGAAAGCGAGUGCUCAUCGGAAUCAUUGUAUUUGUGCACUUAUUCGAAAUUGUGCAUUGACGCGAAACUCCGAUGCGACGGUCACGAUAAUUGUGGGUACUCGAUUCAGGAUGACACCGACGAGCAGCACUGUUCUUUAAAAGAGAGCUCGGCUGAUCGGACGGUGGUGAUCGCCGCAAUCCUUUGCGGCGCUAUAUUCCUCUUCAUUUGCGGAUUCUUCUUCUACUUAUUCAAAAAGAAGCUGGAAAGAAAGAAGAAGAAGAAGAGGAAAGAGGCGGGACGGCAUCGCCAACGUCAGCCGUAUAGACAGCAGCGCCCAAAACAGCACAAUGAUUCUGAGCUUUCAUCACCAGCUACUAGUCGCUUCGUUCACCAUGACGCUACGGGAAUCCUGCCACCAAUUCAAUUACACCAAUCUUAUGCUUAG